UGGGAACUUUCUCCGAAGUGAAUUGCAAUCUGAAACGAAGAUGGCUUCGUCGACACCUAAAACCCUAAUGGAUUAUUUUCAACCUCCCAAACGCCACAAAGCUUCUUCCUUUCCCGCCGUUUCCGCCUCCGGUGGGUCCCACGGUCUGGACUCUGCAGCAAAAUCGCCGCCUCGCGUAACCGUCGCCGACGACUCGGCCGGCCUUACACCAGAGCAAAUCACUCGCUCUGAGCUCAACAAAUCCGUAGCCAAAUCCAAACGCAACCUCGCCCUCUGCUCCGAGAAGGUCACAAAAGCGAAAGCUGAAGGAAGCUGCUACGUGCCAUUGACUGAGCUCUUAGUUGAAGAAUCAUGGCUUAAAGCUCUCCCUGGUGAAUUGGACAAGCCCUACGCCAAGACCCUUUCUUGUUUCCUUGAACGUGAGAUCAUCAUUGACGGUCAAGCCCCUCCUAUUUACCCGCCGCAGCAUUUGGUUUUCAAUGCUCUAAAUACAACUCCUUUUGAUCGAGUCAAGGCUGUCAUUAUCGGACAGGAUCCUUACCAUGGACCUGGUCAAGCUAUGGGUUUGUCUUUCUCUGUGCCUGAAGGGGAGAAGCUUCCGUCUAGUCUUUUGAACAUAUUUAAGGAGCUUCAUAAAGAUGUUGGCUGUUCUAUCCCUCGUCAUGGUAAUCUACAGAAAUGGGCUCUGCAGGGUGUUUUGCUGUUGAAUGCUGUUCUUACAGUAAGGAGUAAACAGCCGAAUUCACAUGCAAAAAAAGGAUGGGAACAAUUCACUGAUGCUGUCAUUCGAAGUAUCUCGCAGCAGAAGCAAGGUGUUGUCUUUCUCCUCUGGGGAAAAUACGCUCAAGAGAAAUCCAAGUUGAUAGAUGGGAGUAAACAUCACAUUCUCACAGCAGCUCAUCCAUCUGGUUUGUCAGCGCAUAGAGGCUUCUUCAAUUGCAGGCAUUUCUCUCGAGCGAACCAGCUACUUGAGCAAAUGGGCACUCCCCCUAUAGACUGGCAACUCUAACCUCAGUGUUAAAGCCAAGAGGAAGUGAAGAGUGCUCUUGGGAAGCCAACCUUUUUGGUGAACAAAGCUUGAAGCUUUAACAGUUCAAUGCUCCUUUUGUGAUUUAUUAUGUUAUCAUGGCAGUCUAGACGACUAAGCAUACGCCGUUAGUGUACCUAACUAUAUGACAAAGUAGUUGCAAACUGUAUCUUCAUUUUGAACUCUUUGAAGAAUGUUGUGUGUUUUUUAUUA